AAACAGAAAUCGAUUGGAUACUUUAAAAGCUGCCAUACUGCAUUAGGUCUCCCGUACUUUAGUCGUUCGUUAAUUGAGCCUCAUCUGCAGCAAUUAAACGAAGCGAUAAGAAAAUCCCACGUUCUAUUACCACCAAUUCUGCAUUUCAACUCGUGGAGGAAUAUGUAAGACUCGAGAAGAAAUUCAGAUUGAAGGAUGGGUUACACGGUGACAUUGCCGAGAAUUGAAAUUGCUUGUUAUUACAACUAUGUGAAUAUACGCAUAUUGCCCGAGUGGCGAUGAAGAUUAACGUAGGUGUGUUUGUAUGCGGUGGUUCUCAUGUUAUGGACGCAAAGAAUGGGGUAGAACAACUUUUCACAACUGACAACGAGCUCGCGAUCUCCAGCAGCAUAGCAGUGCGAAACGCAAGAUAGACAAAUGUCAAAAGACUUGGAACUGUCUAGUUGAGAACAAGCAUUAAGAGAAGAUCCUGAUGAAUAUAAUGGAUUACGUCAUCCCGUUCCCCGUAAAGAACAACAGUGGGGAUUUAUUGAAACGGUUAAAAGCACAGACCAAAUUCAGUGCAGAACCAGCAACGGCGGAAGGUCUUCUGAACAAGAAAAUACUAGGACUGUGGAAAUAAAGAAACAUGUCGGACAAAGGUGUCAGAUCCAACGUGAGAUCACGGAUAAAAAAUUUCGUUAGCGAAGCGCCAUUUUUCUGCAAAGUAAUCGAACUCAUCCUCUGCGUCAUCGCGGUAGGGUUGAUAGUAGAUCCAUUCAACAAUCUCCGAAUGAAGCCGGACGUGAACCACGUUGGACUUACUCAGGUUUCGAUGUGCGGUUACAUUUUGAUAAACGCAAUCAUCAUUCUGUGCUAUCUGCUUGGUGAACGUCAGCCAAAGAGGAUGUCGAUUAUAUUUGCCGUGGUGGGCGCGAUUCUCUGCUGCGCUUCCGGCAUUGUGCUCAUCUACGACUGGAGUAAAUUGCAGAAAAACAUUACAGUCAGAUACUGGGAGCAAUACUCUAAUCAGAUGGUCGCCAGCGGGGUCUUCGCGUUACUGGCAUCGGUCGUAUUUCUGAUCGAGGCUGUCGUAACGAAAAAAUACGAGUAAGGUAUGAAAAGCGACUAAAAACGAGCUCGGCGCUCUGCUUCGACUGCGAACCGAAAUGCGCUCUGUAACGGAUUAACCGCGGGAUCAUUGCGUAACACCUGGAACACGGGAAAACAUACGUACCUACUGCACACGUUACAUACAUGACGAGAAGAACGGUUUCCUUUCGUGUUAAAGAGUCUCUAUUUACGUAUUGCGUAAGGCCCGAUUCG